CGGCAUUUCUUCUCGGACAUGAGCCUCAGGUACGCGGUCGCAACGCUCCCCGAGCUCGGCAUGUGAUCAUCACGGGAGCGUGUCCUUAUGAUACCGGUGACGCUUCUUACUCACUAUCACGCGUGUUAACUCACUCGGCGCCAGAAAUCGCUACUAAAACCGGAAAUAAAAACAAAAAGCACGUCUUAUCAGAGAAUCCGACAGAACGAGGCAUAUUCCCCAUACUUUUAAUAAGAGUGUAAUACAGCAAUUCCCGGCAGAAAAUGAAUAUUGCAUUUCAUCGGGCUGCAAGCGGUAGGAGUUGCACUAACACGUAAUGCACGCGUUAUAUAGAAAAGGCACCUGGCGUUAUAAUAGUAAACCUGCGCGGUCACGAUUAAUGGGAAAAAAAAACCGGCUUCGGAGUCGCGGAGUGACGUAACCGGAUUCCAAAAGGCGGGGCUAGGAAUGUUGGCGAGUCGGAAGCAAGUUGACCGCCUUGCCCUCCUCGCACACCCCCGGACUCUGAUUGGCUGGGAGGGUACGGCUCCCCUUUGGCGUCACGGUUGGUGUGGCAUGGCUCUGUGUGAGCCGGUAUAAUCGGGCAGCGUGCGCUGGAGCUGCACAUCCCUGCUAACAACUACAAGCAGCAUGGCCGCGUCCAACAGACUCAUACUGGGACCCCUGGUGGGAGCUAUAGAUCAGGGCACAGGAUCCACACGGUUUCUGGUUUUCAAUGCAAAAACAGCAGAGUUACUGAGUCAUCAUCAAGUGGAGAUCAAACAAAAGUUCCCAAAAGAAGGGUGGGUCGAGCAAGACCCAAAGGAGAUUUUGCAGUCUGUUUAUGAAUGUGUGGAGAAGACAUGUGAGAAGCUUAGCCAACUGACCAUUGAUAUCACCAAUAUUAAAGCAAUUGGAGUCAGCAAUCAAAGAGAAACAACAGUUGUGUGGGACAAGACCACCGGGGAGCCUUUAUACAAUGCCAUUGUUUGGCUUGACCUGAGAACACAGUCAACUGUUGAGAGGCUGUUAAAGAGAAUUCCAGGGAAGAACAAGAAUGUCUUCAAGAGCCGUACUGGACUCCCCCUCAGCACUUAUUUCAGUGCGGUGAAGCUCCGGUGGCUGCUGGACAAUGUUGAAGAAAUUAGGCAAGCGGUUGCAGAAGGAAGAGCCAUGUUUGGAACCGUAGACUCCUGGAUUAUUUGGAGCCUGACUGGAGGGAAGAAUGGAGGUGUUCACUGUACAGAUGUUACCAAUGCUAGCAGAACUAUGCUGUUCAACAUUCACACCCUUGAAUGGGACACAGAACUGUGCCAGUUUUUUGACAUACCAAUGGAUUUGCUUCCCAAAGUGAGGAGCUCUUCUGAAAUCUACGGACUUAUGAAAUCCGGAGCAUUGACUGGAGUACCGAUAUCCGGGUGUUUGGGAGAUCAAUCUGCUGCCUUAGUAGGACAAAUGUGUUUCCGAGAUGGGCAAGCUAAAAAUACAUAUGGUACAGGUUGUUUCUUGCUGUGCAACACCGGUUCAAAGCCUGUCUUGUCCGAACAUGGCCUUCUUACAACUGUGGCGUAUAAGCUCGGUCGAGACAAGCCUGCUUGCUAUGCACUUGAAGGAUCUGUGGCCAUCGCAGGAGCUGUAGUGCGCUGGUUGAGAGACAACCUUGGUAUUGUGAAGACUACUGAGGAAGUGGAAAAACUUGCUGCUGAUGCAGGGACAUCAUAUGGCUGCUACUUUGUUCCUGCAUUUUCAGGGUUAUAUGCACCUUACUGGGAACCCAGUGCCAGAGGCAUCAUCUGUGGUCUCACUCAGUUUACUAACAAGAACCAUAUUGCCUUUGCUGCUCUCGAGGCAGUCUGUUUCCAAACCAGAGAGAUUCUAGAUGCCAUGAAUAAAGACUGCGGCAUCCCUCUUAGCCAACUUCAGGUUGAUGGGGGUAUGACCAACAAUAAGAUUCUCAUGCAAUUACAGGCUGAUAUCCUGUGCAUUCCAGUAGUGAAACCUUCAAUGCCUGAAACAACAGCGCUUGGAGCUGCUAUGGCUGCAGGGGCAGCGGAAGGCGUUGGCGUCUGGAGCCUGAACCCAGGAGAUCUUACGGCAGUGACUUGUGAACGAUUUGAGCCACAGAUCAAUCCCGAGGAAAGUGAAUUUCGCUAUGCCAGAUGGAAAAAAGCUGUGGUGAAGUCAAUGGGUUGGGAAACCUCUGAGCCUUCUUCCAACGGGAAUGGUGACAGUAGUAUCUUCACUAGUUUGCCCCUGGGCCUAUAUAUAGUGGCUAGCAUGGUAAUGUUAAUCGGAGCAAAGUAUAUUGCAGGUCCUCAUAAAUAGCUGCUGGGUUAUUUCUUUUAAUCGUUUAAUGGUUCUUUGGCAUUAUUGGAUUUGUCUGUACGAAGAAGGGAUUUAGUGCCUGCAUUGGCACGCGAAACCCGACUACAACAAGACUGUAUGGAGCCCAUAUCCAUUUGCACUCUGUGGAAAAGAAGGGAAUUCUACCCGCCAUUAUUGUCACAAGAUGUCUUACAAGGAUUGAUUUGCACAUGAACAUUCUUAAUCCGAUCCUAAGAAUAAUUUGGCAUUUUUGGACAUGUGUACAUAUUUUUGAAUACAAUGCAAUUUCUUGAAUGAUGAUGAUUUACAUUUCUUGUUAAAUUGAUACAAAACAAAUUAUAAGUGAAUUUUGGUAAAACAUGGAAAAGUUGUAAUUUUAUUUUCAGGCACUAAUUUUAAAUGAAUAUAAUAUAUUUAAAAAAAAACAUAGGAAACAUUUUGUGCCACCUUUACCUAAAUGGCCAAUUCUCAGUUGUUUCCUUGUUUGUUUUUUGUAGGCUUUGGGAUACUUGAUAGUGUAGAGUAUAAAAUAGGGUUAAAACACGCACAUAACAUUGUAGUUUCUUUAGCUAAACUGUUUUUCUGUAAUCUUAUGAAUAAAUUAGUAUUAAUAUU